AUGAUGAAUCAUGGUUUUUUUCACAAGCAAAUCGGUAGAAAAUCAUCAAAUGCUGCUUUGGUAGCCCGUGGAGAUCCUCCUCCAACAGUGGCUCGACGUAAUCGUUUUGCUCCAAGACCUCUCCUGUGUAUUUUUUUCAAGUCGACUGGUCCAGUUUUGAUUCAUUCUGUUAGACGUGGACAGACAAUGGAUCAUGAUUAUUAUAUUAAUAAUUGUUUGCAACCAGUUAUUGAUGAAGUUAAGAAACAACAGCCAUCCUUAGGUAUUCAAUCAAUUAAACUGCAUCAUGAUAAUGGAAAACCACAUAUUCAUCAAACUGUUAUCAAUUACCUUCAGUCGGAAGGUGUAACAGUAAUGUCACAUCCACCUAAUUCUCCAGAUCUGUCACCAUGCGAUUUUUGGUUAUUCGAUUUAAUCAAACAAAAUAUAGGCGAUCAAGAUGAUUCAGAAUCGAUCCAUGAAGCUGUGAUCAAAUUUAUGAAGUCAUUGAAAAGAGAAGAGUAUAGAAAAACUUUUGAUAAAUGGAUUGAACGAAUGCAUUUAUGUGUAAGUAACCAUGGUGAUUAUUUUGAACAUUUAAUGUAA